AUGUUGAAUGUUGACAUUGCAGCAUAUAAACAAGAUAUUGAGUCAUCAUGGUUCGUUUUUUUUCUCUCAAAUUCAGUUCAAAAAAUUGUCUGCCAUGAAUGUGAAUGAACAGGAUAUGGAAUUUCGGUCGUUUUCUCUCCGAGCACUGGAUCGCGAUCGUCAUCAGUUUGGUCUGUUUGAUUGUCAUCCGGACACUCUUUAACAACAUCCUCUUCCCGUAUUAUUAUGAAUCCUUCAGUGAGCGCUCACUCGGCUCCUCAAUCUCCUUUUGUACUUUUCCAGAAAAGUGGUACGGGCUCGAGAGUAUGUUGUCGGAAAUGAAGGACAUUUUGGAGGAGGACUACUCGGAUCUCUGGCAUGAGAGCGAAUUCUGUCUCGCCUUUCUCGCAGUGCGAAUCAAUUUUGCGUUCACCUCAGAAUUCAUUCAAUUUUCAGCUUCAAGAUGAGCAUCAGCGACUGGUCCGUCUGGCAAAAAGCAACGUGCACGGCGAGAAUCCGAAGAGGUUUCAUUGGGCGAACCGUUACGCGAAGAUACACAUCAAAUGA